CGGACCGGACGGCUGUCAGUGGGCGACGCGAGGCAACGGCGACGGUGCUCCGCCAUCGGCGAUGGCUGGAGAGGCGCGGGCCGCCGAUGCUGACGGCGACGAAUGUGCGACUCCAUGCACUAGAGAACAACAAGCAGCAAAUAUUAGACUCCACAAAACGAUAUGCACAGUGCUUUCUUUGCAUGCCUAUCGAUUUCUGCGAGUGCAGGUUGUAACAUCGUGUAUUUCAGUGGCUGCUCAAGUUUUGUUGCCACACCUGCUUGCUGCAUGUCGAGCACUACACAACCUGAUUGUUUCAAUCUUAAAGCACCAGCUAUUCUCACUUCCAGCACUUUCUGUCAAAUGUGCAGCUGAUCGUAGGAAAAGAUCUGAAGAAAAUAAUAUUAUGAAGACAGGCAAUGAAGAUAUUCAUAUAGAGGUCCUGUAUGAACCUACAGCAAAUUCUGUUCCACGAGCAGAUAUUAUAUUUAUACACGGACUCCAUGGUGGGCCAAACAAGACAUGGAGACAAGGCAGCUGGAAACAUGAAAGGGCAUACAUUCAGCCCCAGGCACUAAAGAAGGAAGAUCAUGAGAAUGAGAAGCAAUGGGGAAGUGAUGACUCAAAACAUGAGGACCUAGCAGAUAUGAAAAAAACAUACUCAGCCUGCUGGCCCCGUGACUGGUUGCCACUAGACUGUCCAGGAGUACGUGUGAUAGCAGUUAACUACUCCACAGAUGCAAUGCUUUGGUGCCCUGUUGGAGUUAAACAACCACCACGCACAUCAAUGAUCGAAAGAAGCUGUAAAAUGAUUGAGCUCUUAUGCAGGAUUGGUGUAGGAAAUUACCCAAUUGUAUGGGUAGGCCACUCAAAAGGUGGACUGUUUGUGAAGCAAAUAAUAGUUUAUGCACAAGAAAGUGGCAAAGAAAAUUUAGCUGGCCUGUACCGUAAUACAAGAGGAAUAAUGUUCUACAGUGUGCCUCAUCGUGGAUCUGUCCCUGCCAAGAUAAACUUGCCAUUUCUCAGGCAAUCCAUCGAACUGACAGAAGUACAUGCAAAUUGUCAUAAUGUCUUGGAGCUCCAUGAAAAAUUUCUUUCCCUUGUAAAUAGAAAUCUGUUACAAGCUGAAGUCUGCAGUUUCACAGAAACAGUUCAGACAUUUAUGAAGCUUGUUUACUUACAGAUUGUAUCAGUUGAAUCAGCCGAUGCUGGGAUUGGUGAACUGUAUGGUGCUCCUCUAGAUCACACCAGUAUAUGCAAACCUGUUGAUAGGCACUGUUUUCUCUACAAGCAGCUCAUUAAUUUGAUCAACAGGACAGUGUGAUGAUGAAAAGUUAACAUGUCCAACAGAAGUCAGAAGCCCUAUAUCUUUUUUGCAGCAAACACUUCAAAGAUAUCAGGAUCCAUAAGUAUUUUUACUGCAUAUGAUGAUGAAGUGUAAAUACUAUUCAUAUGAAAUACAUGUUGCAAUAACAUUGUUAGCUGAAAACAACCGUUUGUGUUCGCAUAUUUAUAAGAAAUCAUCUACUCGUGAAAGGUUGUCUGCUGAAAAAUAUAUAGAUCUUCAAUAAACACCAUGAACUGCUGUAAAA